GAUUUGGGGUGUACGUAGAUCAGUUAAAACUCAAGUUUGAUCAUCGUAUCUCAGAUGGAAGUUCUAUUUUUACUGCAGAAUUACUGGCAAUUCUCUGGGCUCUGAGGUGGACUGAGGAAGAAAGACCAAAAUCAGUUCUGAUUUGCUCGGACUCAGCAGCAGCUCUAAUGGCUAUAAGAGGAGGAAAAUCAAAAGCUCGGCCGGAUCUUGUUAUAAAAAUAUUGUCUGUAUUGUUUCAAGUAGAAAAGAAUGGGUGUGAAGUCAUGUUUUGUUGGGUUCCUGGACAUGCCGGAGUUGAGGGAAAUGAAAUAGCCGAUUCCAUAGCAAAGGCAACCCUGCAGAAAAAAGUAGUAGACUUCAAUAUAUCUCCAGGAAGAGUGGAACUGAGAGGGAAAAUCAAAGAGGGUGUGGAAAAAGAAAGACAGGAACUGUGGGAAAAGGAGACUAAAGGAAGGUAUUACUUUUCUGUACAGCCUUUGGUUAGAAAAAUUAGUUAUAUUUCUGCAACUCGAAGUGAAUCUGUUAAAAUCUGCAGACUGAGGCUUGGGCAUUGUGGAUUAAAUCAUUAUCUGCACAUUAUGGGGAAGCAUCCUGAUGGACUAUGUGAAUGUGGGCGGUCAGAAACAAUUAAACAUAUAAUUAUGGAAUGUCAGAUGUAUAGAACAGAGAGCAGGUCUUUCUAUAAGAAGCUGGCAGAUCUGGGUGUGGAGACAUUUUCUAUUAAAGCUAUUUUUGGCCAGGGUGAGAACCACCAGAUGAUAACAAAAGCAGCCUUACAGUUCCUGCGUGAAGCAGGGCUGUAUACGAAGAAUAGACUCUGUCCAGUGGAGGGCAGUGAUACGCCAAGUAGCGUCAAAACUGCCGGAAAUCGAGAAGAAGAAGAAGAACAGUUGUUCACCGCCUUGUUCCCCGCUCUCACCUUCAGUCCUGAAUAUAAUGGUCCCUUUUCAGCUAGAAUGGUGGCGUACACAUUAAAGUAAGCACUGUGCAUCACACCCCUUACAUGUGACACAUCAUCCUAGCUGCAGCUCAACAGUGAACACAAAAUCAUACAUCUUUCUGCUCCAGCUCCCCAGGAUGGGCUUCAGACUGUGUGCAUCCAAAGUCCUGCGCUGCAGUGCCAGGGCUUUGACUUUAACAAGGACUUCCACUUGUCUUCCACAUAUCUCACCCCACUGGCCUGUACCCUGCAGUCGCUCUUACUCCAGUAGCAUUAAGGUGCGCCCCUAUCUUCAGUACGUGAAACGCAAGAUCAUACCUCCUCCCAGUCCUCCGUACUGCCACGUGUGCCAGGUAGGGGACCCAGUGCUGCGUUCACAUGCUGCUGCUGUUGACCCUGCAGCUAUAACAGGCCCUGAGAUCCAAAAGGUCAUCAACACUAUGGUGAAAGUGAUGCGGCAGCUUGAGUGUGUGGGACUUAGUGCACCUCAGAUUGGGGUGCCGCUACGGAUCUUGGCCCUUGAAUAUCCAGAGAAGAUGUUGAGAGAGAGUUCGCCUGCAUCGAGGGAGGCCCGUGGUCUUUCCAUGCAGCCCCUGAGGAUCUUUGUCAACCCCCAGAUGAGGGUCCUCGAUGGGCGGAGUGUGGUCUUUCAGGAGGCCUGUGAGAGCAUCUCAGGCUUCUCUGCUACAGUUCCGCGCUACCUGUCUGUGGAAGUGUCCGGUCUGAACGAGAAGGGUGAAGCUGUCACAUGGCAGGCCAGUGGCUGGCCCGCUCGUAUCCUCCAACAUGAGAUGGACCACCUGGAUGGGAUCCUCUACAUUGACCGUAUGGACAGCAAAACUUUCAUCAACAUCAACUGGCAGGCACACAAUGAAUAGAAGAUCCUCAGGAUGGACCACAAACCACACGAAGAAUACCUAAAACUGAUGAUGUGCAAUGAUUUAAGUUUAUCUCAACACCAUCUCUGAUCAGCCUACAUUGUGUUGGUGAAAGCUGCUGUUUUGAGCACAUGGUGUCUUUUUAUCUUUCUGGUAUUGAAAUAUUUUUUGUUUUGUGGUUCUGGUUUGAACAAAAGCUCAGUGUCAGGAUCAUAAUGAACUGCCUCAUCUGGAAAUCCAUCACUGGAAGUUUUUUUUUUCUGCUGAGCAGAAACCCCAAAGCAAUUAUGACCACUUUGAAGUGCAAGCCAAGAGAGCCAUGUUCUAUGAUGAAUAAAGAGGUCGAUAUGUUCAUGAUGAAAUGAGUGAAUCGCUAAUGUCUGCCAUCAUCACAAUGAAUGAAUGCAACUCUGAUACUACUUAGCAAAGGAGAAGGGGGUGGAACAAAGGGUAUUGCCUAUUUUUCUCAAAGACUUCUUUUUGUUUAACUCGUCUAAAACUGGUCAUUCUCCUGGUUUUACAUGAGAAUGGACAAAUGGAUGAAUCUACAUGAAGUUAAUCCAGGACAGGGACUCAGGACGUGUCUGGAACAUGAGCAGGCAUGACCCAGGAAAACAGGUGGUUUUAACAGUGUUAGAAAUGGUUCAGUUGUCUGGUCACUUAACUUGUAUCCAGGUUUCAUUUUUCUGUAUGUCAAUCUUAAUGACUUACAUGUCCUUUUGUGUCACUAAAAUGUUAAUCAUAAUGUGUCCAUACAUCUGUUUUUAUUUUCUUUUAUUUUUUUGGCACAUUUGUUGGCAAGGUAUUUCCAAAACACUGAAUGUUUAGCAAAAUAGAUUUGUAUUUCAUCCAUCCAGCUAAAAGCAUGCAUCUCUUAGUGAUCUUCAACUUUAGAUACAGGGAUAUCAAGAUGAGAAAACUUGACUUUACACCCACAAAACUUUUGGACCUGUGAAAUGAUCCAACUACUGUUACAAAGAAAUGUAAAAUGUAAAUGUAGAAUUAACUAGACUUACCCUAUCGUGGUCGUAUGCCUCUGUGAACCAGUCAAGUUGUAGUUACAGUUUACAUCCAUGUAGCCAUCACAGCAGACAAUACUUCAAACAUGGAUGUUGAUGCUAAGAAGCUUAAUAUUCUAAUCUAAAAUAUGGAUGCUUCACACACAUCUACAACCUGACAGCACAAAAUAUCUAUACAAUCAGCACAGUCUCAAGGUGGGCACCCAAGAUUAGUGUCACGAGUUCAGUAGCUGACCAAAUGUCUCCCUUUCUGUUCCUCAGUGAUAAAGUUGAAUUAUUGCCAGAAAAAUGUUUUAGCAAAACAUUAUGGUGUCACAGUGAAAUUGACCUUUGACCUUUUGGCUCUAAAUGGUCAUCGCUUUAUCCUAUCAGACAUUUGUGUUAAGUUUUGUUACAAUUGGCGAAUGAAUUCUUGAGAUAUGGCCAAAAUCAUGUUUUGUGAGGUCACAGUGACCUUUGACCCCCAAAAUCUAAUCAGUUCAUUGGUGAGUUCAGGUGGACGUUUGUGCCAAAUUUGAAGAAAUUCCCUCAAGGCGUUCUUGAGACAUUGUGUCCACAAGAGAGAGAUAGACAACCCAAAAACACAAUGCCUCCAGCCAUGGCUAGUUGCUGAUACUGAGUCAUAAAAAGCCAAAUUUCCCUGUUAAAUUUAAAUAAAUAUUUGAUUAUAUGCAAACACCAUUACAG